AUGAACCCAGAUAGAGUAGAGUUUCCAGCUAUUGAGGGUACACCCCCCAAAAUUUUGGCUGGUGUGAAGUACGACAUGAGGGAAAGAAGAACCCCGUUUCCAGAAGCGGGUUCCACUAACAUUUGCCUGAGAUUAAAGGAAUCAAAGCAAAGUGAAGGAGUAGCAGAAUACAAAGUCGGUUUUGUGAAAGGUGUGAGUGUAUUUCAUGGUAGGUAUUCAACAUGCAUGUGUCCAUUUACAGAUAUGGUGUACAUUUAAUUCAUGAUUACCAUUUUCAAAAUAAAUUGAGAUGCUACAUUAGAUGGUGUCUGCUCUGUGUUGUGUUGAAGGAAUGAAUAAUAUUCGUUACUUUAUUAACUUGUGGGGAAACGCAAAUAUAGAUUAAGAUUACGAUUAAGCCAAAAACGUCCGUCAUGGUAGAAUAUGGAAAGAAUUCCGGCUGCAAUGCCGGAUUAUGUGAGGAAAACAGCAUUUAAUAUGCUAGGAAAAUGUUGUGAUUGGCUUUAAACUUUGUGCUCCUAGUCGAGGAAACAACGUCGUGUGAGCUCAGAAUAUCCAAUCGUUUAUGACUGCACAACUUCUCGGAACAUGCAGCUAGUGAGUCAGUGAUUGACACUUAACUUGCACUUACUGAUAGAGAAAAAUCUUUCCUCAGUUUCUAUUUUAAUGUCUAUGAAUCAUUCAUGCUCUAUGCAAUUACCUACUGUCUUCCAAUAUUGUUUUUGACAUGUGCAUGUUUUCAAAUUUGAUACAAGUACAUUAACGCUCUUCCUGAUUUGAUAUCGUUUAAACACUCUUCUUUGGAAUUGUCGAAACCACGCCCAGACGGGUCUCAUUAUAUAGGGACUAAAUAUAACAGAUACAUGUAUCCAAGAUAACUAGGAUGCAAAUUAAAUGAAUGCAAGGCAAGUCAGCGAGUCUAUUUUUUUUCUCUGAGACAUCGAAUCAGUUGCGAUACAGAAACAUUGAAAUUGCCUGCUCAAUCAUGGUGAGAACAUCUACCAUAAAAGGGAACUAAGCGUUAAGAACUUUAUUUUCUUUAAAUUAAAGAUUACCUGGAGUAGUCAAUCGCUUAAAAUCGGUAUCGAUGAAAAACGGUAGCAAUCAAGUGAUUUUUCGUUGAUUGAUAACGAAAAUCAGUGAAAAUCGAUAAUCUAAAUUGCUGUGUCAAAUCGAUAUGUGGAUUUUUCAUGAUUUUAACGAUUUAUAACGGAAGUCCGCCAUUGUUGUUUUUUGGGAUAAGUUAAAUAGUACAGCCGGCUGAGAACGCACAGCCACGAGUAACAACUGAUCAACAAACAUGAAAAUGAGAAAUGUGGGAACUAUCACACACACAAGUCUCUCUCUAAAACCGUUUAUUUUGUACAUAAUGACAGAAACGGUUCCGUUUUUACAUUCAGCUCCCAGGGCAAGUAUCACGGGAAGUACAACCUUAGAUAGAGAUUUCCUUAUUCCUAGCCUGAAUUUCAGACAUCCUCCUCAGUCGAAAUUCAGGCUAAACGAUUUCCCUAGAUAGAUUUUCACCAUUUUCCGUUAUUAAACGAUAUAAAUAACUUAAGAAUGUGUCCAUUAGAGAAUCAGGCAGUGUUACGCCGCAAAAUGUAACAAUUGACGCAAAAUGUAACAUUAACGCGAAAUGUAACAACCUUUGACGCGAAAUGUAACAUUAACCCGAAAUGUAACAACGUUUGGCGCAAAAUGUAACAACUUUUUGACGCGAAAUGUAACAACUUUUUGACGAAAAAUGAAACAAUAUUUUUAAUGCGAAAUGUAACAAGCAAAAUGUUACAGCCUUGAAAUAACUGAGAAGCUUGGACAUGAGCCUUGUAGAUAAUGUGUAAAUUGUCUGGUGGUUACAAAAACAGUUUAUUUAUAAAGUUUUCUUAUAAUUUCAAAUAAACUUACAAAACGUUUUUUGAUAAUAGUAACUAAAUCCUGAAACAGUUCAACGAAUUGUUGUUUAGUAUAUCUUUCUGUACUUAUGGGUGACGCUUAAAAGAAAGUUGGCGUUACAUAAUCCAUGACGGAUUAGAUGGGUUAGGAUGGUACAUUUUUAGCAUACUCCCUCUAGGGAGUUGAGCCCGUAUGAAAUGGAGGCGAGUAUCGAUUACUGAUCAUUCUUUUCACACUUUCAUCGAGUGAAGAUGCUUUCUGUUUUUAUCCGACGCUGUCUGUUUACCCACCUCCUCCCCUUUUCCCUAAAAGGAAAGUGCAGUGGAGGAGUCAUCCGACUGCGUGAGAUAAUCAACAAUGUUAAAUGGGCGUUGGCAUGGUUAAGUUUUGAGGUAGCAAGACUGGGUUGGUAUGAAAUUUCUCACAUUUACUGGCCAUGGAAGUCCGGUAAGAAAUGAGAAAUUUCAUAUCUAUGUUAUUCACUACGUUCAAAAUUUUCUUUUGAAAUAUUACCUUUCUUAACUUUUGCUUUUAACUUACGUUAUGUUCAAUAAGUUAGCGUUGUUGUUAUUGUCCAUACUGCUAUUCCAAGGUUAUACAUGACUUGUAACUUUAUCACCUGUUUUACGACCUUUCGUAAGUUUAUUUGACAUAAGAAAACUUUAUGAAUAAACUGUUUUUGUAACCACCAAACAAUUUACACAUUAUCUACAAGGUUCAUGUUCUAGCUUCUCAGUUAUUUCAAGGCUGUAACAUUUUGCUUGUUACAUUUCGCGUUAAAAAUAUUGUUUCAUUUUGCGUCAAAAAGUUGUUACAUUUCGCGUUAAAAAGUUGUUACAUUUUGCGUCCAAAGUUGUUACAUUUCGGGUUAAUGUUACAUUUCGCGUCAAAAGUUGUUACAUUUCGCGUUAAUGUUACAUUUUGCGUCAAUUGUUACAUUUUGCGGCGUAACAGGCAGGGUGUGAUAAUGCUCAAACCACGCAUUUGGUUUAAACUUGGCACAAUUGUUGGAUGUGUUGAGAUACUUACCCCGACAAAAAAUUAGGUCCAAACAUCGAAACCCCUAGGUACACAGGGACCCACCUGUUACGCCGCAAAAUGUAACAAUUGACGCAAAAUGUAACAUUAACGCGAAAUGUAACAACCUUUGACGCGAAAUGUAACAUUAAAUGAAAUGUAACGCCAACUUUCUUUUAAGCGUCACCCAUAAGUACAGAAAGAUAUACUAAACAACAAUUCGUUGAACUGUUUCAGGAUUUAGUUACUAUUAUCAAAAAACGUUUUGUAAGUUUAUUUGAAAUUAUAAGAAAACUUUAUGAAUAAACUGUUUUUGUAACCACCAAACAAUUUACACAUUAUCUACAAGGUUCAUGUUCUAGCUUCUCAGUUAUUUCAAGGCUGUAACGUUUUGCUUGUUACAUUUCGCGUUAAAAAUAUUGUUUCAUUUUGCGUCACAAAGUUGUUACAUUUCGUUACAUUUUGUUACAUUUUGCGUCCAAAGUUGUUACAUUUCGGGUUAAUGUUACAUUUCGCGUCAAAGGUUGUUACAUUUCGCGUUAAUGUUACAUUUUGCGUCAAUUGUUACAUUUUGCGGCGUAACACCCACCUGUCUCAUAGACACCCUCUUAAUUGCUAACAAUUUUUAUCUAUUGGCCUCUGCGGGAUGUUGCUACAUCCGGAACUACACCAACAAUAUUUUAAGAGGGUGGCAGAUCUAAAUUGUGAAAAACUGGGCGCCCACAAACCUUGCCAAAAUCAGCAACCAGGAAAUUCAUGAAUUCAAAACUGUUUUAAUGGAAAAGAUAAGUAUCUUCAAAUGAUCCGUAAAAAAGAGUAAUAAUUGUUUCAUCCUUUCGACUCUCAAUUUACCGGUUUGUAUGUAUUCAGUUCUUCCGAUACAAAUCGAUGAAAUAAUCAGUAAAGGGACAAGAUAAAUCGAUCAACCAAACAAAGAGAAGUGUGUCAUCGAACUCUCCCGAUCGAUGUAAUCGAUAUCAAUCAAAUCAGAUUUAACGAUUUUUUUAUCGAUUUAUUUAACGAUUGAUAAAUGGAUGCCGAUUUUUAUCGAUUGACUACUCCGGGAAGAUUAAUUGCCUCAAUAUAAACUUUACAUGCAAUGGCGUUUGGCAGCGGUUUUGCUCUUGGAAAUUUAGGCCCAAUCAAUUGCUUGAGAUCUCUGAGAAAUGAAAUGAAGAAUUCGCUUGCAGGAUACUGAUUCGAAACCCAACAGUUUUUAUUCCAGCACUGCUAUACCUUUCACCGAUCACAAAGCUAGUCUAAAAAAUUCUCAUACGUUUAUUGCCUUUCCUUUCAAGGGUCUCCAUUCGAUGAUGAGAUUUGGAUGGGAGAGAGCAAAAACUGCGUGGUUAAAAACGAUGGAGGAAAUAACAAUUAUGUCAUCUAUCUUUCCGACGAGCGCGACUUUACUCACACGAUCAUUGAAGAUUCAGAAACGCUUGGCCAAAUAUAUCUCGUGAGGAAGCGAUAUUAUGGAGGAGGACAGUAUGAACAGCAUGAAAACGACGAUAUUGGAUUCGAUGAAGAAACAAAAACAAUAGUGACCUUCAUGAGAGACAGUCGCGGGAAACAUAAGUUCACGGGACGAAUCAUAAUCAGACGUUCAAAACCAGGAAAUGUUGCUGAAAUGAAGCUAUACCUGGUUGAACCCAAAUCCUUAAUGAAAGUGCAGAUUAGAUGCAAGCUCAGAAGCUUAGAUAUAGAAGAACUUGGAUGCUCCUCUGAGCGCAGUCUUCAACAUUACAAACGAGCUUUUGGCUCGAAUAUAAACGAUCGACCUGUUCCAAGUGUCCCAUUCCUUUAUAGAUUUAAUACCGAUGUAGAAGCUGAUCCAAUUCCUGGGCUUUGUGGGGAUUUUAUCAUCUCUCUCGGUGACUUCUUGCCUGCUGCUGUCCAAAAAUUCUCGCUGCUACUACCAGAGAAUUCCUUUAUUGCCCUUGAUGAUGAACUCAUGGAUGAGAUCGGCGACUGGGAGGCACAACGUGUCCUCUUUUAUCUGAAGUCAAAAAAGAAGCUCGUAUUCGAACAACGUCUUGGUAGUUUAACAGAGGCGUUGCGUUCAGUAGAAGUUGAUGUUCCACAAGCAAAACGUUUUGUGUUCGGGACGUUUGGAAAUUAUCAGCUUCUUUUAGAUCUUAAGCACGAUGACAGGCAAGCAGUAAAUUUAGGCAGUGAAUAUUUAGGUUUAGUUUCCAGGCCAGCUGAUAAAUACCAAUUUACGGAGCACUACGUCGACAAAAGCCCGAAGCCUAAACAGCUCGUCCUUGGCGUCCCUUCAAAAAAGCCCACAAAAACAAAAUGGAACAUAAAGUUCGGUGAAGCAAAAACGUAUGCGAAGGUAGCACUGGAAGAGACCCCCUGGAACAAAGGUACAACAACAGGAGCUUAUGCUGAAAAUACAUUGAUUGUGAGUGACACCCUUUGGUUGCACCUUUCUAGAGAGCAAAAUGACAUGAGCAUAAAAUUUUAUCCAUCUGUUGAAGGGAACAACAGCUGGGAUAUUAUCGUGAAGAAAGGGAAGGAAACAAUCCACCAAGCACGAGUUGAGGGAGCAAAUAUGCUGGCUUAUCAUGAGGGAUUAGUAAGAAGUAACCUCUACGAUCUGAGAAAUGGAGAAAAGAGAUCUUUUAAUCUUUAUAAAGUUGGGAGGAAAAAAAUGGAAAAAAUCCAGAGAGACAUCAUUGCUGAAGCUAAAAUGUGCGGAUAA